AUGGAUACUUCGACCUCUCAACCAGGCGCCCCGCCACAGCGGGCUGCUCCGAAGACUGCGCCUCCGGGCGUCCCUAAGAAAUUGGGGACCUGGACCUGGUCCAACGUCGGAAAGCUUCCCGGAGUCAACAGAGUCUGGAAGGUUCAAGGCUACACCCACGACCCGCGCGAAGCUGCGCAGCCUGGCGAUUUGUCUGGCUUCUACUGGUUUCAGACGUAA